UUGUCAUCACACUUCCUGGUUGAGGACAGGACUUCAUUUCCCAUCAUGCACUGGGGCUCCGACGAGCCGAUGGACGGAAUCCGUCUGCAGCAGAGUUUUGGUGGCUGUUCGAGUUUGAGGGAAACUUUUAGCAGGAGCGCGCGUGAAGGUUGUCGUGUGAAGACCUGCAACUGUGUGUGUGUGUGUGUGUGAGUGAGUGUGUGUGUGUGUGUGUGUGAUGUGUGAUAACGGAGAGUUGGACGAUAAACCCCCUGCCCCCCCGGUGAGGAUGAGCAGCAGCAGUAAAGACGGCGUCCCCAAACCGCUGCCGUCUGUCCCCGAGGAGAAAAAACCACGCAAAGGGAUCUACUCCAUCUUCUCUGCUGAGAAAGCAGGGAAGCGUAAGGAUAAGGAUAAAGAGAGGCCAGAGAUUUCCAAUCCCUCAGACUUUGAGCACACCAUUCAUGUGGGGUUUGAUGCCGUAACAGGCGAGUUCACUGGAAUGCCGGAGCAGUGGGCACGGCUCCUUCAGACCUCUAACAUCACAAAGUCAGAGCAGAAGAAGAACCCACAGGCUGUCCUCGAUGUGCUCAAGUUCUACGACUCCACCGGAAACGGGAAGCAGAAAUACCUCAGCUUCACAGAUAAGGAUGCUCCCCCAGUGAAGAAGGGAUCAGAGCCAGUACCUGGUGGUGUUAAAGAUGAUUUUGAUGAUGAUGAUGAUGAUGAAGCUCCGCCCCCUGUGGUGGCUCCUCGACCUGAACACACCAAAUCAUUUCUCACUCGUCCAUCGAUGAUCGACCCGCUUCCUCCUCCAGAUGUCUCCAAAUCUGCAGAUAAACAGAAGAAAGGAAAGGGAAAGAUGACUGAUGAGGAGAUCAUGGAGAAACUGAGGACAAUAGUGAGCGUCGGAGACCCGAAGAAGAAGUACACACGAUACGAGAAAAUCGGACAGGGUGCAUCCGGUACUGUGUUUACUGCCAUUGACGUCGCUACAGGACAGGAGGUGGCUAUAAAGCAGAUUAACUUGCAGAAGCAGCCGAAGAAGGAGUUGAUCAUUAAUGAGAUACAGGUGAUGAAAGAGCUGAAGAACCCCAACAUUGUCAACUUCUUAGACAGUUACCUGGUGGGGGAGGAGCUGUUUGUGGUGAUGGAGUAUUUAGCGGGCGGUUCUCUGACGGACGUCGUUACAGAAACGUGUAUGGAUGAAGCUCAGAUCGCUGCUGUCUGCCGAGAGUGUCUGCAGGCCCUGGAGUUCCUGCACGCUCAUCAAGUGAUUCACAGAGAUAUAAAGAGUGACAACGUGCUGCUGGGCAUGGACGGCUCUGUUAAACUCACGGAUUUCGGCUUCUGUGCUCAGAUCACCCCGGAGCAGAGUAAGCGCAGUACGAUGGUGGGGACUCCAUACUGGAUGGCCCCCGAGGUGGUGACCCGCAAAGCCUAUGGACCUAAAGUGGACAUCUGGUCUCUGGGCAUCAUGGCUAUAGAGAUGGUGGAGGGAGAACCACCGUACCUCAACGAGAACCCACUGAGGGCCCUGUACCUCAUCGCCACUAAUGGAACUCCAGAGCUGCAGAACCCUGAGAAACUGUCUCCCAUCUUCAGAGAUUUCCUCAACCGCUGUCUGGAGAUGGACGUGGACAAGAGAGGGAGUGGCAAAGAGCUGCUGCAGCACCCGUUCCUGAAGCUGGCCAAACCUCUGUCCAGUCUCACCCCCCUCAUCCUCGCUGCCAAGGAGGCCAUGAAGAGCAACCGCUAAGCUCAUACACACACCCCACCCCGUACUGUGUGUGUGUGUGUGUGUGUGUGUUGUCAUGUAUACAUAAUCAACCAAACAGCUGCAUGGUCAGAUGUGGGUGUGUCUUCCUAGCAAACACUGUGUGUGUUUGUUGCCAUGGAAAUGCAUACAUCUGAUUAUUUUAUUAUUAUUAAAGUUAUUAGACAGA